UCCGCCCAGCUGCAUCUCGGGAGAUGUAGUUUGCGAGGGACGGCUCUCGGGGCUCAGAUUAGCGCGAGGAGGGGCGAGCGGGACUAAAAUUCCCAGAUGCCUUUGCCCAUAGGUGUGUGCCUGUGCCUGUCCCACCUGGGCAGCCAGCCCCGAGGAGUGCUGUGAAUGGUCUUCUGGUGGCAGCAGGGAAGGCAAAGAAGGGGAGCUCCUGCUGACGGUGGCUCCAGCUCUGGCAGCUCCUUAGCUGGCACCCCCUUGUGCUAGGGGGCUCUAGCCGCCCCUGGGCCACCCCUGCCUCCGUUUGUGGUGUGAGGGGUCUCCUGGUCUUGGGCUGGAGCUCUGCCCCUUCCCUUGUCUGCUGGUAGGAGGCGGCAAAAUAAAGAUUGUUGUGACGGACUCCUCAGAAAACUCUGGCCAUGGAUAUAUUUGGGGACUUGCGGCGAAUGAACAAGCGCCAGCUAUAUUACCAAGUCUUAAAUUUUGCCAUGAUUGUAUCUUCAGCCCUCAUGAUAUGGAAAGGCCUCAUCGUUAUCACUGGAAGCGAAAGUCCUAUUGUGGUCGUACUCAGUGGCAGCAUGGAACCAGCCUUUCACAGAGGAGACCUGUUAUUCUUAACGAAUUUCCGAGAUGAUCCCAUCAGAGCUGGGGAAAUAGUGGUUUUUAAAGUCGAAGGCAGAGAUAUUCCCAUUGUGCACAGAGUAAUCAAGGUUCACGAAAAAGAAAAUGGCAACAUCAAAUUUCUGACUAAGGGCGAUAAUAAUGAAGUUGACGACAGAGGCUUGUACAAAGAAGGCCAGAAUUGGCUAGAAAAGAAGGAUGUCGUCGGUCGAGCGCGAGGGUUUUUGCCGUACGUUGGGAUGGUCACCAUAAUCAUGAAUGACUAUCCAAAAUUUAAGUAUGCUCUCCUGGCUGUAAUGGGCGCAUAUGUACUUCUGAAACGAGAAUCAUAAAAGAACAUGGAAUUGCCUUGCACGACUCUAGAGCAUAGAUAUACAAAGAGAUACUAAUAUAUUUGAAAUGUACCCUUUGUCUGUAAAUAAUACUAUGUGGUGUGCAAAACAACAUUGUAUUGUCCAAAUGAAUUGUCCUGUUCAUGAUGCAGUUCUAAAAACCUUCUUGUGAGCAAAUCCUACGGGUUACAUUAGGACUGGGCUGCAAAACUUCGGACCUCCAGCUGUUGGACUACAACUCCCAUCAUCCCUGAUCAUUGACCACUGGGGAUGAUGGGAGUUGUAGUUGGAAAACACCUGGAGGGUCAAAGAUGAGCAACCCUGUUUUGGGACAAGCUCAUAAAGUGUUCUUAGGACUGCAGCUGUAUAUGGAUAAAAGCGACAUUUCAUAUUUUCUUUAACAAUAUUGUUGUGAGUUCCUCCAUGUUGUGAGUUUCUCUCCCCCUCCCCCACCCCAUGGAGAGGGUCAGUUAAAAUAUCCCAGAAGUGGAAUAUCCAUUCAGUGAAAUGAAUCCACAGUGUAUUGGCACAAUCGUUUUGAAAGUAAUGGCUUAACAGCUUUGAAUCUUGCUAGAAAUCAAAAGGUUCCUUUUGCUGGAGAGAACCAAAGGAACCUGCUCACAUAAUUCCUGGCCCCCACCAUGUGGCUCAAGUAGACAGAGGCUUGGUUCACACAGUCAUUUGAAUCUCGAUUUAAUGUAGGUUACCAACACUAAGGCGGUUGUGUGAACCUGCGCCAAGGUGGUUUGUGACUGGAUAUGAAUCUGAGAUUUCUGUCCUGGCUGGGUUCACACAAUUGCACCAAUGUGGGUAACCCUACAUUAAACCAAAAUUAGAAUGGUUGUGUGAACCAGGUACAAUAUUUUGUCAGACUACAUGCAGUCUAUUCUUGUGACCGAAUUCACCAUGUAUCUCUGCUUCUAUCCUACUUUCCUCCUACCAUUCUUAAUGGUCGAAAGAAGACAGUGAGGACUGUUAGGUGAAGGUUGCAAGGUGAACACUUCUUUUUUUGCAAGUCUGGUAUUACCAAUUUAGGCUUUUUUGAGCAAAGCACUUUGUUGAUCUUGGCCUGUAGCAACAUUAUCUGAGACAGGUUGUUUGUGUUUUGCCUUGGCACAGGGCUGCACAGCUUCAGCCUUCCUGCAGAUGUUGGACUACAAAUCCCAUCUUCCCUGACCAUUGGCCACUGUGGCUGGGGAUGAUGGGAGUUGUAGUCCAAAAAUAGCUAGCAGCCUGAAGUUGUGCAGCCUUGCGUUAGCAAAUGUGGAAGAGCCCAUGUAGGUGAUCAGACUAGGUUGGGCGAGCCUGUUCACCCCCAGGUAACUUGGUGUUGGCUGUUGCUGGACCGAGGCUCCUGUCAUCCCCGCUUGGUAUCACUUGCCAAGUGCUCAGGAGAAUUUUACCCAACUGAAGUAAAAUUGGUCAUAUACCCCCAGUUGCAAGUAAUCCCAUAUCUAAACGCACAGGGAAAUGUUUUGCGAUGGCUGACACGUGAGGUUCUGAACUUUUGGAGAUGGUUGAGUUGCAACCAAGCACGUUUGGGCAUCUUCCCAGAUUACAGUUUGUGUCCUUGGGUGUUUCUCCAAGGAAUGCAAAAUGUGGAUUACGGUUAAAACACCUGCUUGUUGAGAAAGCAAGAAAUGAAUAUUCAGAGCAGUUUGUGGAUUCUUGGUACAGAUGCUUGACAUUACAAAUCGGCAGAUCUUCCCAUCUUACAAUUUCACACCUGAGAGUGAUAUUGGGGAGGCGGGAUAUGAGAACCAUCUCAUUAAGUAAAAACAAUAGUGUAGGAAGUGGCCCUGAGGCAUGAAUAUUACUGGUUGUCCCAGGAUACAGUUGCAAAAGCUGUUGAAUCUGUAAACAUGUGGCGCUGUCUGGGUAGCAGUGGGAGGGCAAAAGGUUCGGAUCCUGAAACCUUGGGCACAUCUAAGCUGCAAACAUACCUGUCUAAUUGCUGUAGUUUGUCCCAAAUAUCCUUGGGAAAGGUAUUUCUGUAAUGGUGCUGAAAAUUCUCUGCCAAAUUGCUUUCCAUCUGAAGCAGGGACCUGCCCUUAGAGCCUCUUUCUUGGCUUUUCACACUUCCUUUGUGGCCUUAGACAAGUCACUUGAACAAUGUGGGAAAAGAAACCCUUUGCUUUCUUCUUCAGCAAUACUUUUGCCUUUUCGCAUAAUAAAAUGUGUGUAUAAGUGUGUCAAUUUCAUUCAUCCCUCUGCCUUUACAAAAAAUUAAAAAUAAACUGCUAUACAAGAAGUGCUAGAUCUGAGAGGACCUAUGAAAUGUGUUAAUGGGAAAAGUUCUCUUGAAUAUUUUCUAAUAAAUGUGAUACCCCUCCCCCCCCAA